AUGCUUGAGGCAUUCUCCAAGCCUCAUUUGCCAGAGACUUGGACCAUUUUCAACACGGAACCGUCGAAAAUCAGACGCCUGACUAAGAAUGCUCCCCUCGUCGAUAGAUAUGAUCCCAAAGAUUUCAAAGAUAACAUUGAAUUGCCGACAUUACAAGCUGUUUGUGAGAAAUAUAUCGUCUCGCCCCGGGUAGCCCGCGAAAUCCUGAUGAACCAUCAAGGCAUCGUCGCUUCAUUCGAAGGCUGUGCUAAACGUGAAGGCGCUGCUAAAGUCCUUGCAACCCUGAAUGCCCUUGUCGCAAGAUUUGCAUUGUUAAAAGUCCAAGUACCGAAAGGUCUUCUUAUCCUUGGCAUGAGAUUCGCUUCUCGACAGUUUUCUGCCCCAACUCUUCAAUCUUAUAUCCAAAGCUAUGUCACUGGUGGAUAUGGCCCCAUACCUGGACGCCAAGCUGCGAAAAUUCUCCGCAACCUCUACCAAGCAUGUCGGGAUCGACUCAAAAAUAGCCCGUUUGGUCCUCCAAUCCAAUCUCUUGUCAAAAAUUACCUUAAAGCCCUUCUCAGGUCAGGGUUGGGUUCUCGAGGAGUGUACUGUGCUGAACAGCUGUCGGCGUAUUGCGACCUAAACGACAUUUUACCCACGAGGGUAUGGGCAGAGUUGCUUAAACAGGACAACAGUGAGGGGCUGCAGAAAAUCGUUUCCAGUCAGACAGUAAACGGGAUUAUGCAUUCGACGCUCACCUCCAUAGAAAACAGACUGGGUAUAACCUGGAAUCAUGUUGACGGAGGACGCCAUGUUAAAACAUCUGACAUGGAUCCUUUGUGGGACCAUUGGCCUGUGGAUGCGGUACUCCCCAGCCUUGAUCCAGAUGCUAGCUCAACUGGAUCAUCAGGUUGUUUACAGCGACUCCUUGAAGAAAUAAAACUUUAUGGGUCCUCCAAAUCAACCACGGAGCUUGCGAGGGUCGCUAAUUUAUUACAUGACUUUGAGGGUUGCGAGAUCCCUCUUGGUUUUAGAAAGGGUAAACACGACAAAACUCUCGAGUUCGCCUGGUUCCCGCAUUGCUGCCCGAUCGAAUUUUCCAAUAAUGCUCCGCCGUCACGUUACAAUAUAAAUGGUCCACAAUCUCCUUCGUCCCUGGGCUUAAUCCGUGCUUUUCACGGUUUCCACGGCAAAACAAUUAGGUUGAGUAAAUGGAACUUGUAUCUGAUGCAACUUGGUUACCUCUGUGAGAGAAGCCGAGGUUUCGCAGAAAGUGGCAUCAACGGUACAACAGGAGAUUCUGAAAAGUGGACAGCCACAGGUCAUAUUAUCUGCUGGGAUCGGCUCAAUCAUCACCUCAUGAUACUCUUUCUUGGAAAAGGCUUAGGGGUCAUAGAUCCUGGCUUCUAUCCCGAAAAGCCACAUCCAUACCUCCCUUCCGUUGCAAACCUGACCUCAAAACCGUGGAAUAAUUUCCAGGCUGAGUUCUCUGAAAACUCCGGUUUUCUUUUGCCAUUGCGAAUCCGUUAUUGGCUAGAUGUUGAUCCCGCGGCUUACCUUGUCCCCUGAACCAGCCUAGCAGAUGAUAUACGAAAAGCAAUGUCUCUUAGUUACACACGGUGUGUCACUCAAUGCAAAAUUUCCCACCGACAACUUAUUUCCGCAAUUUCAGCAUCCGCCUCAUAACCACCUUCAGUAUCAUGAUAAAUCGCCAGAAGAAUAUCUGAUUAACAUGAGCGUAAGGUCGAAGCGACGUUGCACCCCCAUCCAUUGGAGGCCCGCCUGGGAACGCUCUGCGUCUACCAUGGAUUGCUUCGUUUGUCUUCCUUCCGAAGCUGCGAACUGUCCUGCAAGUCGUAAAGAGGUGCAGUGAGUGCGGACAUAACCAUCGAUUCUACUUUAAGUUGAGUCAAUUUUGUGGCGCCUGGCAUUGUGGCGUUGAUGUCUCCCUGCAAAUACUUUGGCGGCUAUUGGGGGCUUUGGAGGUCUUAAAUAUUUUCCUUCAUAUCCAUAUUUUGUUAGCUAUCAACGCAACCUAAAAUUAUUCCUAUAUAUCCGAUAACCAAAUUUGUGGCUAUCAAUACCAUCGAAAUGUAAUAUAGAUUUGUUCAUUGUGCAGUACUUCGUUGGCUUUACGCACACAUUCUCUCACUUCGCUCUUUGGCUGUAUUCUACAUUCCAGGACCAGAAGCUAUGCAUGGGAUGUAAUUGUUCUG